AUGACUGCCUACCCCUUUAAACUCUUUCAUCCUGUAUUGUUCUAUGUGAGUCGUAGUUUCGUAUGCCUGAGACAGGGCGAUGCCUGAAAUAGGUGGUAUUAUACAAUUUCAUAGUGUGAUGUUAGUGGAAAAAUACUUGCUAAGUAAUACUGUGUACUGGUGCAAAGUUCAAGUCUCUCUGCAUUUGAAGAGUAAAUUAUGAAAUACUAAUAUACAACACUCACAGGAAUAAAGUAAUUGAUGCCUAGAGCUAGGAGUAGCCAUAAUGUCCAGUGAUACUGUGUUGGAGAACUGACUGGAGCCUCCCUCAUCUGGUCAGGCCACUGACUCUAUCAAAGGCUCUAUCUUUUAGAAAAGCCACACCUGUCUCAAAAUCGCACCAGUAGACAGAGCCUUGUCACAGUGUAAGGUCCUUUGGCGGGGAACAAGCCAACCACCUGUGACAACGCACAAAAAUGUGACUUAUCAAGUUAAUGAGCAACCAUGGCAACCUUUGGUCCCCUUGGCACUCUUGAGGUAGGCAACAAAGUGCUUCACAGAAGCGGAUCUUCUCUUCGGGGUAGUGGAUCUUCUCCUGUGCCAUGGAAUAGGCUGAGCUUGGGUUGUCAGAGCCACUGGAUUGAACAGGGGCUGGAUAUAUUUUCCCCUUCCUUGCUGGGGUCACCUUGAGAUGGCCAUGGUCCAAGAGAAGUCCCAAGGAGAUAUACUGGCAGAGCAGAGCAGCCCUCUUCUACAGGACCCCGAAGGGCUUCCUUUCACGUGCUAUCCCAGCAUGCAAUACCCCACCAUGGAGCCCACAAUGUCGUCCCCUUCGUACUACUCUAGUCAGCACUACUACCCACCGUACAGCUCAGAGGACUGGUACUCUCCGCCCAGCCUGUAUGAACUGAGGAAGGGGCCCCUGGAGGGGGCCAGCUUUGAGGCUGAGAUGGAGGAGAGCUCUGUGCUGGUGCCCAGCGUGUGCAAGAGGGCCCGACACACAUCCCAUCCUGGCAGGGUCAAAGGGGAGGAGCUGUGCGUGGUGUGUGGAGAUAAGGCCUCUGGGUAUCACUACAACGCACUCACCUGUGAAGGCUGCAAAGGCUUCUUUAGGAGAAGCAUCACAAAGAACGCUGUGUACAAGUGCAAGAGCGGUGGCAACUGUGAAAUGGACAUGUACAUGCGCAGGAAGUGCCAGGAAUGCCGACUCCGGAAGUGCAAAGAGAUGGGAAUGCUGGCAGAGUGUUUGCUAACAGAGAUACAGUGCAAGUCCAAAAGGCUCAGAAAAAACACAAAGAGCUCUCCGGGGGAGUCGGCAGGGGAUGACCCAGAGGGAGCGGACUGUGGCGACACCAAACAGGUCACCUCCACCACCAGACUCCCAAAGGAAAAAGUGGAACUCAGUCAAGAAGAACAGGCCCUCCUAAAUUACAUUGUUGAUGCUUACAAUAAACAUCGAAUUCCUCCAGAUAUGGCAAAGCAACUGCUCCAGGAGCAGUUCAACGCAGAAGAGAACUUCCAGCUACUCACAGAAAUGGCUACAAGCCAUGUCCAAGUGUUGGUGGAAUUCACCAAAAACAUUCCAGGUUUUCAGAGCUUGGACCAUGAGGACCAGAUUGCGCUCCUGAAGGGCUCUGCAGUGGAGGCCAUGUUUCUGCGCUCAGCCCAGGUCUUCACGCGGAAACUCCCGCAAGGACACACAGAGGUGCUGGAGGAGCGGAUCCGCAAGAGUGGGAUCUCCGAGGAGUUCAUCACGCCCAUGUUCAACUUUUACAAGAGCAUCGGGGAGCUGCAGAUGCUCCAGGAGGAACAUGCUCUCCUCACCGCAAUCACCAUCCUCACACCAGAGCGGCCGUACGUGAGGGACCAGCUGGCGGUGGAGCGGCUCCAGGAGACCAUGCUGGAGGUGCUGAGGAAGUUCUGCAAGCUGCAGCACUCGCAGGAGCCGCAGCACUUUGCCCGUCUGCUGGGCCGCCUGACGGAGCUGCGUACCCUCAACCACCACCACGCCGAGAUGCUCACCUCCUGGCGCAUGAGCGACCACAAGUUCACACCGCUUCUCUGCGAGAUCUGGGACGUGCAGUGACCAUGGACAGCCAGUAGGGGGAGGGAUGGGGAGCGAGGGGGGGGGGGGGGGGAGCGAGGAUUCAGAUAGAUGGAGAGAAGAAAAAAGAGAGAGAGAGGGAGAGAAACAGGGAAGCAGAUAUACAUAUUGUGGAAGAAACAGAUAGGCUAUUGGAAGAAAGAAGAGGAGGAUGGGAGGAGAUGCAACUGUCUCAGCAGAAAAACUUUACACUAAAACGGGAAAUGGAAAUGCAUUGGCUGGCGGUCAGUGGGAAUGACUUGUGCUGUCACUACAUGCUACUUGUACUAUAGGCUACAGCAAGAAAAAAACAUUUAAGAUAGUUAUUACAAAAAUUAGUUUUUAUAGUGAUAAAAAGGCCCCUUGUUCUGGCUCUUGACUGUUUCGCAUCAAUAUCUGUUUUUUAAUGGCAUAUCAAGGCUAAGAAUAUUAUUAUUAUUAUUGUAACUCCAAAUAUCUCUUCAGCUAUUAUUUUCUCAUGUUAGUUGGGGUCCACUCUUUUCCCUAUUGGUUCACGUUUUUGUUAAAACCCGCAGAAGUGACCACUUCGCCUUUACGCAACUCAAAUGUUUUAAUACAUGUUUUCACCUUUAUUUCUUGGAAGCCAUGUUUGGACAUUGAUAUUUUAAAAGUAUGAUAUCUAGCCUUCUCAGACUUUGAAGGAUGGAAGACAUGUUCUCAGCAUGGCUGGACUAUUAAAAAUGUGUACUGCA